UGGUAAGAGAUUACUCUGCUCCGCAGCAAGUUUACCGUGCACUGGUCUUUUUUUUUUUCCGUAUAUAAAGCUCUCUACCUCUCAAGUUACACUGCACGACGCGAGUGAUUACUAGUCUCAGUCCCUCUGACGAACUUAAUAGUCUUGUUGUACUUGCAUCUUCACCAUGAAACUCACGUCCGCCCUUGUGCUUUCGUUCAUUGCCACUGCGCAAGCAGCGACGAACAGAGGCGGGGCUGGGGCUGGGAUUGGCUGCCGGAGCUGCUGCGGGCUUGCUUGUGUUGUUCUAAUUAAUGAGUACAUUUUUGGUGGUGACGCAUGUACGUAUUCAUGCGGGAAGAUCACGUCCAGGGGUAAAAGUCGAAAGAUCCCACGUGUGCAUGCGGGGCAACUGCGGACCUAUAUUUAUUUAUCUAACGAUAUUGAAAUAGACUUUCAAAGGACGCGCCUAGUACCUCCCUCGGGCUAUUUUCCUGGCCAGCUGUGCAAGUUAGUUCUUCUGACUCUAAUACUGUGUCGAAAAGGUAGACAGUUUGAGCACGGCAAGUCUGUUAGACUCUGGCCCAGUUUUAUUCCUCGACCCUCGGCGUGUCAGCAACAGUUGCCGUCAACCUCCACGAAAAGAAGUUGCCAUGUGGCAAUUCUCUGUUAUCUAUAAAUCUAGCACUGGCUACAGCGCUGUCUUCCAUGGACUCUAUUUCAGCUCUCAAUCGAACCACCACAAGACACGAGCUUUCUGUAUCUUCGCCGGUCGCAGAAUUUGCGCAGAAUCCCUACAAACCGCACUGACAGCGAUAUAUUAGUCAGUAUUAUCAUUU